AUGUUUUUGAGCUCAUAAAACAAAACAAUCAAAAAACACACACACACAAAAAAAGAGCCGCAACCAGGGCAUCUCUACUUAGAAAAUGGCGACCAAAUCAUCAUCAUCAUCAAUCCUCGUUAAUUCAUGGAAACAAAAGCAGCAAUUAUUUUCUUCAUUAUUAUUCAAAAGAACAUUAGCGACUUCUCCAGCAUCAUCAAAUGCUGCCACAGCGACUACAACAACUACAACAGUCACUAAAUCAUCAUCAUCAAAAAGGAAAAAGAAAAAGAAUUUAUUUGAAGUGGCACAGUUUUUGCCAAAUUGGGGAAUUGGUUAUCAAAUGGCGAAAACCCAUUGGUCUGGUGUUGCUUAUCAGAUCACUAAAAUCAAUCUUUACAAGGAUGGGAAGCAUGGGAAGGCUUGGGGAAUUGUUCACAAAGAUGGUGUCCCGGCUGCUGAUGCUCCAAAGAAAAUUAGCGGUGUUCACAAACGUUGUUGGAAGUACAUUCCCAACUCAAAGAUUACUGAACAAAGCACACAACCUUUGUCUGAACCAGAAGUUUAAUCCACAUGAUACCGUCUAUGCUGUUUUAUGCUUAUGUUCGUUGAAAAAUUAUGCAAGGUUAGAUGUUAUUGAUGCUUUUUGUUACUGAGUAUUGUAUCUUAUUUCAUAAAUAAGAUUGCUAGCAAUGAUGUUGCAUGUUAAAACUCUUUUCAAGAUAUUUUUAAUGAUUAUAGCUAUGAUCUUUAUAUCAAAA